AUGCUGCCCAGCUCCAUCCAGAUUUCGGGGGAGCCGCUGUCCGGCGCCGAGGUGCGGGACAUCUGCCGUGGCCUGCGCGACAACGCCGUGCGCCUGCUCUCACUGCGCGGCUGCCGCCUCUGCGACCGCGACUUCGGCCGCAUCUGCCGGGCCCUGGCCGGGGCCACGUCCCUGGCGCAGCUCAACCUUAACCUAGGCGUCGUGUCCAGUCCCGGCCGCAUCAAGCAGCUGGCGGAGGCGCUGCGGACCAACCGCUCCAUCCAGUCCCUCUUCCUGCAUGGGAGCCCCCUGACAGAUGCGGGGCUGGCCUUGCUGAACCCGGCGCUGGCCCUCCACCCUGCCCUUGUGGCUCUGGACCUGGGGGACUGCAUGCUGGGUGAUGAAGCCAUCAAUCUCAUCUGUGGCCUCCUCCCCCCAGAUGGAGCCAAGUCAGGCUUGAAGGAGCUGACGCUGAGUGCCAACCCUGGCAUCACCCCUAAGGGCUGGAGCCGCCUCGCGAUUGCGGUGGCCCACAGCUCCCAGGUCCGCGUCCUCAACCUGGACUACAACCCCCUGGGUGACCACGUGGCAGGAAUGCUGGCUGUAGCUGUGGCCUCCAGCCGCACCUUAGAGGUCCUAGACUUGGAGGGCACGGGCCUUACCAACCAGUCAGCUCAGACCCUGCUGGACAUGGUAGAAAAUUACCCCACGGCCUUGCGGAGCCUGGUGCUGGCUGAGAACAGCAUUAGCCCAGAGCUGCAGCAACAGAUCUGUGAUCUGCUCUCCGAGGGAGAGGAGGAGGAGGAGUUGGCGGGAGGGGCCGGCGACACGCAGGAACCCGAGAGAGGGCGGGGGCCUGCUGCCCAGCCGUCCUGGAUGUGCCCCGGUGAAUCCAGCUCUCAGAUGGUGCUCAUGACUUCAGGACUAGGCGACAGUCUGUUGGCCGAGACCGAGAUGUGA